UUUUAUAUCAUAAAAAAAUGGAUUAUCUCAUAAUGUUUCUGUUAGUUACUACUAUGUAUUUUGGGCAAAAUGAAGCUUGCAAAAAAAAUCAUGUAGUGAUUCAUAACGAACUCGGUCCUGGUAUUGAUCUCAACAUUGCAUGCCGACAAUUCAGCAUAGAGCGCACACCUUCAAUGUUUCACACCCUAAAGUACAAAGAUCCUUUUUAUAUCAUUGAGUUCGAGGAUAAUAAUCAGCUACCUCAUGGUGAAAGAUGGUAUUGUCUGCUUAGUCACGGUACUAGACCAAAGUAUUGGUAUGAUAUUGAAGUAUAUCGUCAAGGCUAUUAUCCAAGUUGUGGUCAGCUACGCUCAUGGAUUGCUAAACAAGAUGGAAUUUGGUUUACAAGAAGAUAUGAUAGCCCGCCAGGACAUGUUCUUAAUUGGAAAAUUCAGUAACUAAUGUUUAUGUAUGGGGGUAUUUCAUUUUGCUGUCAUAUGUACUAAGCUGUAAGAGCGAAUUAAGUCAUCGAUCUAAUUCGGUGGUUAUAUACAAGUUCAUUUGAUAUAUCUCUAUGUAUUUUGCAUCAACGUUUUCA